ACCAUGAUGGUCUAAAACAUCUGAUUCAAUACUGUCAGAUUUAGAAAACUAUAAUUUCUGGGUUCUAUUUACAACUUCUGUUUUCCUUUUUCUGGUCAUGGAUGUACUUGGUGUUAACAUGAAGAGCAAGACACAAGCCAAGAGAAGAAGUACUAAAAAGGGUGUCAAAGUUGUCUACAUAUCUAGCCCUAUGAAAGUUGAGACUAGUGCCUCAAAGUUUAGGGCUCUUGUGCAAGAACUCACCGGAAAAGACUCCGACGCUGCUCGAUUUAUGGACUUUAAUGGUUUUGAAAACUCUCCUGAAAUUCUUGACCGAAGAGCUGUAGAUGAGCAUGGAUCUUUAGUCCCUGAGAUGAGCUCUUACAAUGAGUCAUCAUCUCCUGGUUCCGAUUCCGUUUUCCAGCCUUUUGAUAGAUUUUUGCCGCCUAUGGAAGGGAGUUUUAUGAGCAUGUUUCAAUCAAAUCUUUUCCAUGAAUCAUGUCUUGAGCUAGAUGUGUUUAACUAAAAGCUUUGAUUUAGGUAUGGCUUGUAACUUUUGUUUGAGCUCUGUGUCUUGGAUCGUCAUUCUUCUUAUUGUUAUGCAUAUAUAUGUAAAUUAAUCUUAGUUUAGAUUAAAUUUCUUGAUAUAAUUCCGUUAUGUUACAAAA